AUGGCAAACAGCUGUCCAAAAACGGCCAACACACCUGCUGAGUGGCAGCAAUAUGCCUCAUGCAAGGACGUGAGCCAGGUUCCUUUCCGGAGAAUGAAGGACAAGGAGGAAGGAGUUUUCACAUUGCGCAAUGUGUACAUCGACAUCGAUGCAGAACAAAUUAUCAACUCUGGAAUCAACACAGUUAACGCCUUUGCAGAUGUGGCCAGUUUUUCUGCCAAUACAGUGGCCGAUUUGAUAAGUCGCGCAUCAUAUCGCUCUAUUGCCACGUCCUCACAGCCAACCAACCUGUUCACAUUAAAUUCAAGCCAGUGCAAAACUGCAUGCUCACCUUGGCUCAAGGACUGUCUCCACACGCAGCUGCGCAUUGCCACUAUUGUCUUCUGGGACAGCCCAGCCAUGGCGCAGUCACUUCUCACACAUGUCACUCUGGCGACCUUGCCAACUCCAUCAGAGGGCCAGACAAACCUCCAGGCGAUCAAUCUGCGCCAUCAACUGUCCGCACAGGCGUUGAUUGGACCCAGUGGCAAUUAUGUGCCCGUUCUCACACUAGGCACAUACAUGAAGACACAGCAACAACUCCUUCAAACUGCACGGGACUUCAAAGAUCAGUAUUGCCGCUUUCAAGACCAGCAAACCAGUAUCGACGAUCGCCUUAAGAUAUGGGAUGCGAUGGGUCAAUCUGCAGCACAUGCAGCCAACAUGCGCGCCGAUUUCCGGCAACAAGUUAUGACAAGGUACAAGCAAGUGGUGACCGUCGUCCAGGGCUGUCUCUCUGAAUUUCAAAAUGACCAAAGCAAGCUCAAAGAGCUACAGACGGCGUUCAGUGAUGGCAUCAAAAAGUGGAAGACAGAAAAUCUUAUCAAGGACAUUCUCACCACAAUUCUCAAAUUUGCUGCCGCGAUUAGGACACUCUACCUGGGGAAAGGCACGCCAAAUAUCGGUGCAAUCAUGGACCAGGUGCAAAGUAAUGUAAAGCUGUAUGAAAUCCUCAACAACCUUAACAUUUGCGUGACUGGCAUCAACAACAUGUACCCUGCGGACGCAUGGUCCCUCGACACCAAUGACCGAAUCGCCAAUGCGUGUAAUGCCGGCGUCACUGGCGCCGACGCGUAUCGACUUGGGCUGCGCAUCCAUGCGCUCGAUGGCAAGAAGCUCGCGCAGGCCCAGACGGAGGCUAUACAGGCUGGUCAGGAUCUGGUUCAUGCCCAGCUCGAGCUGAACCGCUGUAAUCAGGAUCUUAAAGUGCUGAAUACACUCAAACAGAAAGUCAAGAAAGAAAAAGUCAUCACAGAGAUAGAGGAAGCCAAGUUCUUCAACCAGUACAUAUCCAUUCACGAUAGUACAAUUCCACUCAAUCCAACAGGCGAUGUUGAAGACUACUCAAAUUACCUGAGCACGCUGACCGAAGAGACAGAAGACUGGGAGUCAACCUUCCCCCGAGGGUCAUCAACCAUCACUCCUCUUCCUCAAGCUAUUAAGGAUCUACCAGUCCAGUAUCAAUCGAACAUCCUCACCCUCUUGAAAACCCCUUCGUAUACCGCAUCUUUCACCUAUAUACCGUCCUCAACACCUUCUGAUGACCAGAAGCUUACUGGGCCCUUCGUCAGGGGAUCAUACUUCCGGAUCAGUGACUUGGAGGUGUUUCUAGUCGGCGUCAGCACCAGCCCCAGCGCUCCCACGGUUCAGCUAGAGAUCUCAACAUCCAGCUUUUACACCAAUACCAAUGGCCAAACGCGCUUCAACUUCACAGGCUCCUUCAAUCGAUACCAGCCUGUAUUCGGCACCAACUCCUUUCACAACCUGGAUGAUAAAAGUCGUAAACGGACAGUCCUUGCCAAUGGACCAGUUGAGAGAUCUAAAAAUUAA